GAGUAUUUACAUGGAGCCCCUCUGAAAAGCAGUGAAGUGAAUCUCUCAGCUCAGUCCCACAGGCCUUAAUUAGGAGUUAAAUGGUCCAAAGAUGACAAGAUGAAUGGCUCAUGGGAAGAAGACCACAAUGCCUCUCUGACAGGAGACUCAGAGCCAUGUGCCAUCUCCAGGAGCCCCAGCUCUCGUAUUGCCCUCUACACCUUCUUAUUAGCGGGCAUCAUCUGCACUGUAGUGGGCAACUUUCUGGUUGUUCUGGCCAUAGCAUACUUCAAACAACUCCAGUCUCCCACCAACUGCUUCGUCAUGUCUCUGGCUGUGGCCGAUUUCUUGGUGGGGUUGGUGGUGAUGCCCUUCAGCAUGGUGCGCACGGUCGAGGGCUGCUGGUACUUCAGUGCCGCCUUCUGCCAGCUCCACUCCAGCCUGGAUGUCAUGCUGUGCACCGCCUCCAUCUUCCAUCUCAGCUGCAUAGCCUUUGACCGAUACUACGCCGUCUGCAACCCGCUGGUGUACACCUUCAAGAUGUCCCCGGCCCGCGUGACCCUGCUCAUCGUGGUGUGCUGGGCCGUCCCGCUGCUCAUCUCGUUCGGGCCCAUCCUCCUGGGUCUGCACAAGAUUGGGGUGGCCAUUUCACUGCCUGACAAUAUGUGUGUCUUCCUGGUGAACCGAAUAUAUGCCGUCAUGGCCUCCUUGGUAGCCUUCUACCUUCCCAUGGUCAUCAUGCUGGUGGCUUACUGGAAGAUCUACAAGGCAGCCAAGCGGCAGGCCAUGCAGAUCAGUGCCAUGGAGGCUCAGAUGGCAUCUGGGGUGGGCAAAGACUCCAGCAAGAAGCAGAGGCACCGCAACUCCCUGAGGAGAGAGAGGAAGGCGGCCAAGACCCUGGGCAUCAUCAUGGGCGUCUUCCUGCUGUUCUGGCUGCCAUUUUUCACCCUCAACAUUGUGGACCCGUUCAUUGAUUACAGCACAGCGGGGGUGGUGUGGGACGUGUUCCUCUGGCUGGGUUAUGUGAACUCCUCUUUGAACCCUUUCUUGUAUGGCCUCUUCAACAGGUCCUUCCGUAGGGCCUUCUUCAUGAUCAUGGGCUGCAGGAUCUGCCUGCCCGGCUCUAAUCAAAGCAUGGACCUCUCUCACUCUAAAAAAGAUGGCAAUGACAACUAGGAGGUACAUAGGCAUAGUGCCUCUUUUCCACUGCUGCAUGUUUUUCUGGUAGGCCUACAGCCAGAGGCCACUCUAGGGUCAGCUGGGGCCCCAGGCAAAAAUUCAAAGGAACGAACAUUUGAGCCAAAAUCACCACUAUUGUAGUAGUGUGAACCGUUAUUUUCAAGCUUGGGGGCCCCAAGCGGCUGCCUGCCUAGCCUGGUGACAAGAUGCGCCUCUGCCUACAGCUCAACACAGUGCAACUCGGCCGCUAUUUUUUGCUUUAUGAAUAGGCACGGCACAGCUCAAUCGGAUAGAAAAAAAGUGGCGACUGAGUCACGCUGUGUCAAGCUGUAGAAAACCGGAAAACCGGCAGUGGAAAAGAGGCAUGGAUGGCCAGCAUUUCUGGAACACAUGAUUUUGUCGAUCUUGUCAGUAUCACAUUGUGUUUAAUUCUCAUGGUUGAGAUCAAGGUUUCUGAUCUGAAUCUGAAAGGUGAUAAUCUGUGCAAAUGGAUUCAGUCAUGAAAUGUAGCAGCUAGUAGAAUAAUCAAGAAUAUUUUUUAAUUUAGCAGAAAUGUGAUUGUGACAUAGAACAGAUGUGGAGGAAAUAGUCUGUAACUGCUAAGUUCAAUUGUUGUGCAGUGUGUACAAAAUACAUUGUGAAGUUACUCUGCCUGAUGAAGAUCUAGGACCGAAAGCUCGCAAGUUAAGUUGCACAAAUAAAGAAGUGUGCUGAUUGUCUCCUUUUUGCACAAGUUAAGUGACACAAAAUCUUCAAAAAAUACUGGUCUGUUGUAUUUUCUAAGUAUCUGAAAGCUCAGGACUUAACAUGUCAAGGAUCACACAAAACAUUAGUGUACCAGUUUGUAUU